AAACAGCUAUAUACGCGUCAGUUGCACAACGUUCUAUAACGAAUUCGGAGACGGAUAACGAGGAUAGCAACGAACGAAUCUUUAUUGACGCAAAAGAAGACUCCGAUUGUGACAAAGAACAAGAAAGAAUAAAAAAAUUAAAAAGGGAAGCAACCGCUAACAUGGACAACUUAAUAGAAGCUCUC